UAUCAUAAUCCCCAGCUCAGAGGAUCCAUAAUCAGCGGACAUAGAAACAACAACAAUGAGCUCCUUGAGUCUCUCUCGGUUCACGCCUACAGCUUGCCGAUUAGCAGCGCGAUCGUCAAGGCGGGCGGCACCCAUAUUAUACAGGCAUCCCAAUUCCUCACCAUCAUUCCGACACCACACCACACACUCUACUCCCACCUCCGCAAACUCCUCCGUCGACCCCAAUGAAGUCUCCCACUUCAACGCCCUUGCCUCCAGCUGGUGGGAUCCUCACGGCCCUUCCCGCCUCCUCCACCUCAUGAAUCCUCUCCGCCACGACUUCAUAUCGCGGUGUAGGGCCAGUACAGCAUCCAGCUCUCCCCCAAUCCGCUACCUCGACAUUGGCUGCGGCGGCGGCAUUUUCGCCGAAUCGGCUGCCCGUCUUCCCACCACCGCGAGCGUCACGGCCAUCGACCCCACGCCCGAAGUCCUGCGCGUCGCCGAGGCACAUAAACGUCGGGACCCCGCGCUCAUGGCACCGAACAAACUCACAUACCUGAACAAGUCAAUCGAAGAGCUACCGGUCCCUUCCAGCCCCGCAGAAGGCUACGACGUCGUCUCCGUAUUCGAAGUGCUCGAGCAUGUCAGCGCGCCGGGGCCGUUCCUCGAGCGAGUAAUGCAGCAGGUCAGACCUGGGGGAUGGCUGGUGCUGAGCACGAUUGCGAGGACGUGGACGAGUUGGAUGGUGACGAAUGUGGUUGCCGAGGAUGUUUUGGGGAUUGUGCCGAAGGGGACGCAUGAGUGGUCCAAGUAUGUGAAUGAGGGGGAAUUAAAGGAGUGGUUUGGGAGGCAGAAGGGGUGGGGUGGGGGUGUGGGCGAGAUGAGGGUUAUGGGGGUGGUGUAUGUGCCUGGGUUGGGGUGGAAGGAGGUUCCUGGGGGCGAGGGCUGGGGAAACUAUUUCUUUGGGGUGAGGAGGGAUGAGGUAUGA